CCUCCAUGUCAGUAUGUACUCUGUGGCAUGGUCUACACAUUGGCACACUCCCUGGAACCUGAUAUGGGUGGCCAGGUCAGCAGACAGAUUCACAGCCCAGGCUCCUCUGCCUCUAUAACUGUGUGGACUGUUACUACAAAUGGACGCUUUGGCUGUUCACAGACAGGGGGGCUGGUACCUUUCCCUAAUGGCACCAAACACCAAAGGACCAACUUUUGCCUGGUUGGACCCAUCAAGACUCUACUGUAAUUCCCAGACCCUGUCAGAUUGUGUGAAGGACCUUUUCUAUCCAUUCCAGAAGGAGGCCAUUGACCUGGUAGUGGGUAUAGAUGCAAUGGGAUUCAUCCUCGGAUCGGCUGUGGCCACCACCCUUGGAAAGGGCUUUCUGGCUAUCCGCAAAGCAGGACACCUGUGCACACAAAUAGAGCACAGUGACUACGCAGGCAGAGAGAAGAUGGUGAAGGUUCGCCUGGAUGUGUUAAGGCCAAGGCUCCAGGUGCUGAUAGUGGACCAGUGGAUAGAGACCGGAGGAACCAUGAAGGCUGCUAUCAAACUGGUGGAGAGGCAGGGAGCGACUGUUGUAGGUGUUGCUGCUGUGGCCAUAGAGAACAGCGAGGGAGGGAAGUGGAUCAAGGAGAAUAAAAAACACUCUCACUGCAUCCCGGAGGAACUACAGAUUCAAAUUGACAAACAAUAUCUUGACUCCUUCCAAGAGCUUCGCCAGUUAAAUGCUCAAACUCAAGGUCACGCAAUUCAGAGUAGGGUAGGCAAUCUCUAACUGUGCUGACCAGGAUUCUAUGUUACUCUUGCAUGGUGCUUUGUCCAAGAAGUCACGAAGAUCAUAUAUUGCGUUGUAGUGGCAAUGCAUUCAAUGUUUUUUUACUUCUAUACAAGCAUAUUGUAUAUACAGUGCCUAGUGAAAGUCUACACAC